GACCUGAAGACGCUCCCGACACACUCUUACUCGUAUAACAUCUAUCGAUUCUUCAAAACUUCGAUUCAUUCUUCAUUGAUCGAUUUGUCCAUUUAUCCAUUUAUUUAUUUAUUUAUCCCAUUCAUCAAUCGCUCAGAAAGCACACGAUAGGAACAGAAAGCCGCCCAAGGAAAAGAAAGAAAGGGUUCCCAAGAUCAUCGUCGUCAGUCACUCACCCACUCGCUCACGGCAACAUUCAAUCCAUCAAUCCCUCACUCAAUCACUCACUUCAAUCAUCAACAACAACACCUCUCUCAUCCGCCUUCUCCUCUCGCAACCAUGAAGUCCGAAUCCAUAACCUCAACUCCUCAGGUCAGUUGUUUAGAUCCUCUCGAAUUAAUCGACUAUACCGAAUAUGAAACGGUGUCAUAUCAUUCACCAUCUCUCUCACCACCAUCUUCUUCCAAAUCGCAAUUCGUCCCAGCUUCCGUAAGAUCUUCCGCCGUCUCUACGCCAGCGACAUUACCUUCGUCAAAUCAGCCGACUCUUUCUGGCCCAAGUCAUCAAUACGACCUGUACAGACAGCAAACCGGCAUUCCCCAAGGUGCCAUCGCCAAUACUUUGGCAGUCAAUGAAAACAAUGGCCACAUCAACAGAUACAACUUUCAAGACCCUUCAUACUUCUCGGCCAUGAGUCCAAGUGAGGAAUUUGUAGAUUUUGGAACGGCUCCAUCUCGUACUCCAUUCCAUCCAUCAGACGUGGAAAUGGAACAAGAUCCGGCCUUCUUCUACCCCGAACAAAACUUUGUGGACCCAAGCAAUAUUGGAUCUCAAUCCUUACCAGUGGGAAAUGUCUUGCCAACACAAUCUAGUCACGUCGGUCGUCUUUGGCCUGGAAUGCAUCAACAACAAGCGGCUCUUGCCAAAGCUCAAGCACAACAAAAGCAGCAACAAGCUAUCAUCGCACAACAACGUCAAAAUGCCAUGGCUGCAAAUGGCCAACAACAAAGACAACCUCAACCACAACAACAGCGUUCGAGAGCACACACUGGUACAGACCCUCUUGUCGAGGAAAAGAUUUCUCAAUUGCUCAACUCGAUGAGACAAAGUAGCGUCGUUACCGAUGGCGAUGACGGAAAUUCUCAAAAUAUGACGCAUGUUCAUCGUAUGCGAAAGGAAGAAGAAGACAUGGAUGAAGAUGAAAGAUUAUUGGCUAGUGAAGAAGGAAAGAAACUUAGUAGCAAGGAGAGGAGACAACUUAGAAAUAAGGUGUCAGCUCGUGCUUUCCGAUCAAGAAGAAAGGAAUACAUCAGUCAACUCGAAGGAGAAAUCGCUGUCAAGGUCAAUGAGAAUAUGGAUUUGAAGUCGCAAAAUAGAGCUUUGAUGGAGGAAAAUACUCGUCUAUCAGAUCUUACAAGAAUGCUUCUUUCUUCGCCUGCAUUUUCUGGUUUCCUCGACACUUUAUCUUCCAACCCGGCAACUCAACAAGCACCACCUCCACAACAACAAGCUCCUAUUCAACAUGAACAACCAAGACAAGUUAGAAAGGAUGUUAACCCAUAUGGUGCUCAACAACAAAUGCAACAACAACAGCACAUUGGCAUGGUCAUGAUUCCAGAACAAGCUAUGGAUUUUGCUAUGCUUGAUAUCAAUGCCGAUGGAUUUGGUUACCAACCACAAGUUUAUUCUGUUCUAUCCCUCCCCGAGACAGUUAUCGAUUCAUCAAUCCUCUCCGGAAAAUCUUCAAACCUCGUCGAUUCAUUACAAUCUGAAGAUGAGAAAGUAGAACUUCCAAUUGUUGAACGUAAACCCGUUCAUGAACUUGCACCAUCAGCUGUUGCUGAGGAAAUUGUUGAUGAAGAAUUUGAUGCUGAUCCCGCAUUUGCUCUUUUCACCGAAGAUACUUCAUCAACAACUUCAGCACCUACAACUGAUUUCAACUUUGAUAUCGAUUUCUCUACUCUUGGCCUUGACAAACCUUCUCAAUUUGAACUCGUCGUUCGUGAUAUUGAAAGCGAAAGAUUAGUUUCAACUAAUGCUUUCAACAGAGCAACUAGGUUAUGUAAUAACUUGGAUUCGGUGUUGGAUAGAUUAGAAGCAAUGUUCUUGUAGAGGGUUUAGGGGAAUGAAUAUGGAGGAAAAUCUUGUAUUUGUUGCUGCGGUUUAGCGUUUCUUUAUUCAAAGUCUUGACUUUUUAACAUAUCUUCUUUUGUUUGUUGUUUCUUGGUUUAUAUAUAUUUUAUCUUUUUCGUUUAUUACGUGGUUGGCUUUGGGUUGUUAAGGGAUCUGAAUGUGUGAGCUGAUGAGGCUUGGCUGUGGAGGAUGAUAUGGGUAGAAUGAUGAGGGGAAAUAUAGGGAGAUGGGGUUUGGCUAGGCUAGGCUACUGGGCUUACAAAAGAGAUAAAUACAUUUCAUCAUCUCAACGAUUCUCGAGAUGAAGAUGAGAAUGGGAAUUUACAUGUUUGGCCUGGAUUGAAUGGAUUGGAUUGGGUUGAAUGGGAUGGGAUAGGAUGGGAUGGGAUGGAAUGGAAUGGGAUUGAGGGAGCAAAUAGCAAUAGUAUAGUAUAGUGAUAUAGGGAUUGAGUUCAGCUAGAAUGGGAAUUUUAAGGAUUAUGACUUUAUAACUUGGUUGUGUUGGAUUUAUGUUAUUGUUGUUGUUGUGUUUGUUUUACACCUACCUAUGCCACCUACCUAUUCCAGCUAUUCAAUUAUCCAUAUAUAUAUUAUAUACACAUGAAUAAGUAAAUAUCCUAGAGCAUACGACGAGCAAAUAAACA